CAAAUUUCACCGCUCGGAGGCUUGAUGAUUUUCAUCAGCUUGACCCAGCAACAUUUAAUGUCACCCAUGUUCUGUCAGAUACUACACCUUGUACUACCAUUCUACCUUUCAUGACCUCGAUAUCCUGUUCCAGCUACGGCAAUGUUAGCCCCGCCAUCACGUCGGCCUGCUCUGCCGACCAGCGUCUCGACUCCCGCUCUUCCUCCAUCAAUAAAAGCCCUUCGACCUCAGCCCAUCACGCGAAGAUCAACCCUCAAACGUUCGAUCGAUGAAUCCAGCUUGAUGGAGACGCCCUCCAGUCCGUCAAAGCGUUCCCGUGUUACUUUCGAUUCCGACGUCGAGAUUGUGUCUGCCGAUGAUGAAGAAGAAAAUGACCCUCUCGUGGUCAAGGAACAAGUGCGAAGAGCCAUUGAAAGACAUCGAUUCAAUGACAAUGAUGGUUACGACCGUCUCCAAAGCCUUUUCAAUACGCCUCACGAAAGCCCCAAUGCACCCUCAACCAAGGCACUGAAAAUCCAUCUUCAAGCCGUCCUUGCUAAUGUGACGGCUCUUACGAAGGAUUGUCAUGGUCUGGUCAACGCAGUCCUACAUAGCGAGUGGGUUGGAAGAGAAGAGUCAUACUAUGCCCUGUUUGUCAGAUUCCUGAACAACUUGGCUGCUGCGCAACGAGGAUAUCAGCACAGAAUCAUGUCGGUGUUGGUUGAUCUGCUGGGCCCUCAAAAGACGAGAAGAAUCGAAGAAGCAAAACCAGUGAGGCAGCCAGUGAUUCAUCGAAGGGUCUUGCAAGCCAUUCGACACAUUACUGUCAAUGUGCCUUCCGCACCCGCCGCUCUUGCCAACCAAGUCUCAUCACGCCUCGAGUUCGACUUCCAAAAGGCCGAAGAGCGGAUGACCUACACCAAAAAUUUUAUGGAAAUGAUUCGAUACGUGCCAGAAUUGACGUCCGAAAUUCUCACGUGUGUUCUCAGGGAACUCAUCAAACUUGAUGUUGCGGUUCAGGUCGAUCUGGAGGAGGACGAGGACGAUGCUGAAGAUGAUAUCCUCAACUACAUGUCUUCGUCUAUGACGCUUGUCCCGGGUGCAUCUCAGGACAUGCUCAAGAGUGGCCUCGAUGACAACGAUGACAUGAGCACCACUGACGAUGAUUCCGACAUGGAAGAUGACGAAGAUGUCGACCCUGCUACCGCUCGCCGGCAAAAGCUGAAGGAAGGCAUCAAGCAAAUUGACUGGAUCAUGGAUAUCCUGUUCCAAUACUAUGACAAACUAACCACGUCUGCCACACUUCGAGUUCGCGACAUAGCUCUGGAGCAGCUCAUCACCCACUUUCACAGUCACAUCCUCCCAACUUACCGUGCAAGGCAUCCUCAAUUCCUCGUUUUCCACUUCGCUCAGGCCGAUCCAAUCACCGUCGACCGCUUCAUCAGUUCAUGUAUCGCGGCUCUUCUUGACAAAAAACAACCACACAUCAUGCGACACAAUGCCGCCGCAUAUUUCUCGGGUUUCAUCGGACGUGGUGCACAUGUCUCUUCGCAAGUCGUGCAAAACUGCGUGGCAUUGCUGUGCAACAAUCUGAACCUUCAACGCAAACAACACGAGCCUUCAUGUCGCGGACCUGACAUCAAGCGCUACGGUGACUUCUAUGCACUCUUCCAAGCCCUUGUCUACAUUUUCUGCUUCCGAUGGCGGGACCUCGCUUCAGCCAGCUCCGACGACGAGUCCGACUUCGAUAUUGAUGAGGAAGAAGUUGAGACUUACCACUUCACCGAGACACUACGUGAAGCACUCCGUGCGGCAAUCUACUCACCUCUCAACCCGCUCAGAGUUUGCACCCCUGUGAUUGUCGAGCAGUUUGCCAAGCUUACCCAUGCUUUGCAACUCUUUUAUGUCUACCCGAAGCUCGAAGAGAACAGACAUGUCCGGGUGACCACUCACUGGCAAAGCAUGUCUGAUUUGAGCAUCAGCACUUCCGCUCGUGACUUGAGCUGGGUUGGAGACAAUGGCAUGCUGGAAGGUUACUUUCCCUAUGAUCCUUAUCAUCUCCCAAUCAGCAAACAUUGGAUCGAGGGUGAUUACGUGGAAUGGAAGGGUAUUCCGGGCGAAAAAGAGGACGACACGGACUCUGAGUCUGAUGCUGGCAUGGAUGUCGGUGAAAUGGACGAAGAUGAGGAGGAUGAUGGUGUACUCGUUGAUGAUGACUCUGACGAUGAAUGAUUGCUUAACCUAGUACGGCAUUGUCAGGCGUUGGCCGAGACAUGGUUCGGUCUCACGAUUGUCACGACGAAGUCAAUUCACUAUGUUUUCUUGUUGCGUUCGAGCGAAUGUUUCGAAAAAAGUUUGCAUACAAAAGCGGAGGACAUCUAGAAUAGAAAGAGACGGCCACUUGAUACCCAUUGCAUGUUUGGAUGGGAAGACCAUGUUCUAGUAUUGACGCUUCAAGAUGGCAAAUGAGAUAUGAUCAUUUAUUA